UUGCGAAAUAUACUUUGUGCUGUAAGAGUUUAGUUCACAAUAAGUCAAGGAGGCUAAAGUGGAGUUUGGUGUUCUUGCGAAGUUCAGCGAUGGUAUAUCCCUUCUUACUCCUUUAACCCCAAGAACGGGGACUUUCGUGUCAGCGGAAUAUGAAUUUAAGACUGGCUUCGUGUGUUACGCCAGAUGUAACGACAAAGUGAGAAUAACCGUAAGACCAUCGACAACUGCAGCAAUCCUCCGAGCAUGGAGAUUCCUCUUAAGCGUGCAACGAUAGUUUCCGUGACCCGACGUGAGUCCUGACGUGCGUAAAAAGCGUAAAAAGCGUAAAAAGCGUUUAGUGUGGUUUCAGCGAUUGAAAAACGUAACGGGUUGAUGAAUUUAAGUGGUUUUUGAUACUGAUACGUGGAUUGUUUGUUAAAGAACAUAUUUUCGCGUGUCACGUGUGCAGAUGGCGUGCGACACUGGAAGAGUGAUCACCAAUUGCGAUUGUUUGUUCGAACGACUAUUUUUCCAGUAGAGUUGCCACUUUGAGUACGACGCGUCGGUGCAUUUAAAAUAAAACUGCUGACAAUCUGACGCCGACGAAUUUGCCAGGUCAUGAAACUUGGUAGAUAUUACCAUCGCUCCUUUGGAUCAGUUUUUAAUUUACUGGAAGGUAUUCCAGUCCAACGAUAUUCACCUCCCACGCUGCUUGGUAAUAACCCAGCCCACUUUUCACCGUUCCCGACGGGCAAUUGCACCCUCUGUUGUCCUAUUCAGCCUGAUCAAGAUAUCCAGUAUCAGCUUUAUACCAGACGCAAUCCGACCAUCCCAAACAUCUUGGCAAUCAAUGAUGCGACGACCUUGCAAAGGAGCAGCUUCAACAGAAGCAAUCCAACCAUAUUUUACAUCCAUGGAUACAGCGAACGGGCACCAGGGCUAAGUGCGGCGACGAUACGCGAUGCGUAUCUGAGGCGCGGUGAGUACAACGUCGUCCUCGUCGAUUGGGGCAAAUUGUCGGCACUUCCGUGGUACAUUACGGCUGUAAGGAACACCAGGAUCGUUGGACCCCACGUAGCUGGUAUGGUCAGAUGGCUGGAGGCUCAGGGCGCGGUUCCGGCUUCCCGUGUUCACGUGAUAGGGUUCAGUCUGGGUGCCGAGGUGGCAGGUUUCAUGGGAAAGUCUCUCAUCCCGCAGCAGCAGGUGGGAAGAAUAACCGGACUUGAUGCUGCCUUUCCUUUGUACAUGAAUACGGGGACCGAUGGACACUUGACCGCGACCGACGCAAGCUUCGUUGAUGUUAUUCACACCGAUGGUGGCAUAUUUGGCUUCCCUUCGCCCCUUGGUCACGCCGACUUUUAUCCAAACGGUGGAAGGCCUACCCAGCCAGGGUGUACCGCCGACAACAUCAUCUUCGAUGGAAUAACACGCGUCCUUAAUCAGUACAUUGCUUGCGGACAUAAUCGUGCCUGGCAAUUCUACGCGGAAUCGGUGGGAGAUCCGAACGGAUUUCCCGCCAGCAGAUGUUCCAGAUGGAGGAUAGAGAUUCCCGGUAACUGCACGUGGACUCCGGACGCUCGGAUGGGAUUCGCCGCCGACAAUAGGAUCCGCGGUAUGUUUUAUCUCAGGACAAACGCUCAGCCUCCAUUUGCCAGGAACACGACGGGUUACGGAAUCAGGAGAUGAGCUUGCAUCGACAAAAAAUAACAGCAAAUACAUGGAUGAACCAACAAAUAUCUGAUCGCCAAUCGAGGUGCCCUUAUUUCUGGUAUUUUCAAGCCUCGCGAAACUCUCGCAGUUUUGAGUUUCGGAUCAUUGCAAGGAACGGACCAACCGCAAGCAUAUUUUUACGAUUAUUGUUGCAUAGGUAAUUUUUCGGUGGAUAAAUUUGCUCGGGAAAUUUUAUACCAGACAUUGUGUACAACAAAACGUAUAAUACGUUUCGACGAAUCAUCGAUUUUGUAAUUAAACACCACCCUGUUAACGGGGGGGAAAAAAAAAACUAGGGGCUUUAAUGUGAGAUUAUAACGACAGAGUGCAUCUGAUAAUUUCUCGCCGGACGAGUAUAACGUGAAUAUUAAUUAAAGCAAACCUUGAAUGUUUAUAAGGGCCUAGACCAACCGUUCGUGUCUCACGCACCUUUCCGCACGCACAGUCCAGAAGGAAAAGAGACGACAAAAAGUACAAAAUGUGAAACCAACUCCGUGAUGUAGUAUAUUUCAUUCUUUAUCUCGUUCUCAGCGGCAUACUUGAAGUAACGCGGUGUAAGGAAAAAGAAAAAAAAAUCUCAAUGCUUCCACCCUUGUUACUAUCAUGACUCCUCCCUCUGAGUUGAGCACCGUUCUGCAAACAUAUUAUUCACCGUUCGAUGGUGUACAUCAAUACGAGUAAUGUUCAAUUUACGAUAAGAACCUAAGCUCCUCUUCCGUAACGUUACUCAGUAUGACGUACACGUAUACCGGAACGUCUUGUACCGAAAUUACCCCGGUGAUUGUCUAUUGGCUAAAGUCAGAUUCAAGGUCGUGCUUAAAGUUACAUGUCAGAUAGAUGACAUCCAAAUUGCGAGUGAUUUACCGACUGUUUGUUAUUUUCGUACCUCAAUUUAAACCACGUUCCGUUUUCUAUCCGUAUGUCGAGAAUCGAUAAUAAUAUGAACGUAAAAGCAUUGAUCUCUAUGAAAUUGGAAAACUUCAAUUUCUCCUCAUUGUGCGGUUUCAAAGAUCUGUUUACCUGGAUGAAUCGGACUUUUGUUUAUUCAAAUUUCGGUCGAAUUUUAAACUCGGAAUAAUUCAAGUACCUUCCUUCAAAGGCAAAAGUAUCGGGCAUGCACCGAGUUAGUAAAUUUUUAGGCAUCUGGCGAGAGUUUAGAAAACUUAGCUGUCUAAGUCGUCCUCGUUACCGCAUGUCUUUAUACAUAGACAGAUGCAGUAUAAGCAGCCACUGAAGGAUAUCAUAGAAGUGACUCUUUAUACGCGCAAUCACGAAUUUCCCGCUUUUGGUUCUCCACAUUUCUCGGAGUUGAAAAAUAAACCACACAUUACAACUCCCCUUUACUCCGCCUCGUCGUCGAGUACGCUACUUGAGCCACUUCAGAGUGCUUUUUCAUUCAAAAAAAUGUUUCAAUGAAAAUUUCCGAGCCGUGUAUAAUAAAAAGUCGUCGGUUAUUUUUAAUAUUCGUUUAUUUUUGUUUCAUUUCCUCUGCCCUUCGUGAUAUUUAUCCGAACGACGCUGUUUCAGUUUACUCUCACGGUCAUCUACGACG